CCGCUCAGGGCUGCAGUGUCCGGCCCAGACUUGGGCGGAGAGCCCUAUCUGCUGGACUGAAGUUGUGCCGUGGGAGGCGUGGUGUCUUGCUCCGCUCAGGGCUGCAGUGUCCGGCCCAGACUUGGGCGGAGAGCCCUAUAGGCUGGACUGACGUUGUGCCGUGGGAGGCGUGGUGUCUUUCUCCGCCCAGGGCUGAAGUGGUCGGAACCGAGACCUGGGCGAGUUUUUCCCGGGAGCCUGACCGCUAGUUGUGCCGGGGAAGGCGUCGUCUCUUCCCUCACACAGGGCCGAGACCUGGGCGAGUUUAUCCUGAGAGCCCGGUGAAUGGGGAAAUCGUGGAGCCAGGAGCUAAGGUACUCAUGUCUGAGGACUUGAGCGGCCUGUCCAUCAAAGGGAGAUAACAGAUAAAGAGCAACAAGGACAACAUCUCAGAUUCAUCUCCUUCAUGUCUCCUGCUGUGCUUCACUGCUGCUAUGCAGUGAUCAUCAUCCUCACUGGAGCUGUGAUUGCACUUUCUGUUGCUCUGUCAUUGUCAGUGAGAAGGGAAGAAAAGGCCAUUGUGAGCCCUGAAGCUGGCUAUGCCACCUGCCCAAGAGACUGGAUUGCAUUUGGAAGUAAAUGUUUUUAUUUUUCUGAAAACACAAGUAACUGGACAUACAGCCAGACCUCCUGCAUGGAGCUGGGGGCCCAUCUUACUCACUUUGACAGUCUGGAGGAGCUGAAUUUCCUGAAUAGAUACAAGGGUGAUUCUGCUGCCUGGAUCGGCCUGCACAGAGAGUCAUCAGAGCAGCCUUGGAUGUGGACAGACAACACUGAAUAUAACAACUUGACUCUCAUCCGAGGAAAUGGAAACCAUGCCUACCUGAGUGACAGAGGGAUCAGCAGUGGCAGGGACUACAUACAUAGGAGGUGGAUUUGUAGCAAGCCCUACAGCUAUAUUUGGCCAUGUCCAGUAGUUUAACAACUUGUGUAAUGUGCCAGAGACCAACUUUGACAAAAAUACCACUGACCAUGGUGUGAACAUGGGGAUUAGAAGUGUGAGUAAAGAAUACGAAGACGUGAGUAAAAAUAAUAAAACAGGAAACAUAGGAAAGUACCAGGAGGGAGUUCCAGUGAAUAGUGAAAAUUUGUCCAGGUUUAAUUUUCCAUACACUUUUAUACCCCAAUACAACAGAGAGAAGACAAAAGACUCCUUUAACAUAAUACAAAGGACCAGUAGCACAUUUAUUUGCUUCAAUACUUUGAGCGAUCAAGUCAAUAGCAUUCUGUUGUUAGGCAGUGAGCUUACCCUAGACCAAGUAUCCUGAAGGCACCCACUCCCAUGGUCAAACAUUCUAUUUCAAAAGUAGGAGCAGAAAAAUGCUUGAAUAUCCUGACCUUUGAAUAUCCUGAUCUACCUGUAUGGGUCAUCUCAAUGUCAAAAGAACCAAGUAACCACACUGCGAGGACAGGAUGUGUAGACACAGUUUUGAGCAACCUCAAACUCUCUGGCCUUCAGAUAAAGUGGAAUAAGGGGCUAAUAUAAGUUAUAAGAGUUAAUAAGAAGCCUCAGAUAAUCGGCCAAUCAGUUUAUAACUAAUGUAGACCUCUGUGUGAUUUCUUUGGGACUUAAAGACUGCGGGAACCAGGCAGGACAGAAACCUUAGACAAUAUAUCUCUAUUCCUCCUACUCAACAUUUCCAAUCCCCACACUCCUACCCUGGAGUAUACAAACCCCCCAUGGCAAGGAUCGUGGCAGAAGUCACCCCAAAUAGGUGUCUCUCGACACCCCGAUGGCAUAGUAGACAAGGGAUGCCAACAUGGCUUGAGGUGGCAGCACAGACCAUGAUCAAAAUUUAUGAACAUCAGCAUGGCCUCCAGUGGUAGCACAGAUCACAGCGGCCAACAAGGCCCCUGUUGGUAAUAGGAACCAUGGUAUCAACUUGGCUCCCAGAAGCAUCUCAACAUUACCUUUUGAACAGCACAUGCCACUAACAACAACAUAACCCCAUGUGGGAGCACAGACCAGGGACAUCCAUAUGAUCUCUAGUAACAUGAUCUAAGAAUAUUAGCACAUCCUGCAGCACCAGAUAGAAACACAAGACCAGCACAGCCCCAGUUGUAUUACGAAUCACAUACAGCAACAUGGCAUCUGCUGGCAUCACACACCAUGGAGAUUCUUUGGAAAGGCCCACCUAGAAAGCAAUACUCCACCUUGGACAUCCCUCCAUUCCUCAGAACUAGGGUGGUCAAAGGGCAGAGCCUGCAAGAGAGAGAUCCAGGCUGCUGCUUACCAACCCUGCCAGUGUUUUGUUUUUGUUUUUUUGUUUUUUUAGGAUCAAUCCAGAAAAUGAACAAGGACAAUGUAGGGACGCAGUUAACUGACUGUACUGCUUUUUUGUUGUUGUUCUGCCUUUUGCCUGUAAUUAGUAUAUAUACUGAUUAAGAAAUAAACUCGGGGCUGGAGGAACUUCAGUUCUCUUGGUCUA